AUGACUGAUUCAAUUAAAAUAGAAACAGAAAAAGAUACAGAAAUCGGCCAAACUGUCCCUUCGACCAACCUUCUCAAUGAUUCAAUCGAUGAUUACUUGUAUCUCAAAAAACCAUUCUACAAAUAUGGUUUCUUGAACAAGUUGCAUUUUUGUAUCUUUGUGAUCACUGUCGCUUCAACCAACAAUGGUUAUGACGGUAGUAUGGUUAAUGGUCUUCAAAUGAUUGAAAACUGGAGAGAUGCUAUGGGUAAUCCAGCUGGUCACGUUUUAGGUGCUCUUGCUAAUGGUUUGGUUUUUGGUGCUUUGUUGGCUGCUGUUUGUGCUGCUUGGAUGUCAGAUAGAUUUGGAAGAAAACCAUCUAUUAUUGUUGGUAUGAUCAUCGUUAUCAUCGGGUCAAUUAUGCAGGGUGCUGCUAACGGAUAUGCCUUGUUCACCUUUGCGAGAAUUGUUAUUGGGUUUGGUGCUAAUGUUGCCAGUGUUUCUUCACCUGCAUUGAUUUCGGAAAUUUCUUUCCCAACAUAUAGAGAAACUUGUACUUCAUUAUUCAACACAUUCUGGUAUCUUGGUGCCGUUAUUGCUGCUUGGGUUACUUAUGGGAGUCAUACUUUGAGUACAUCAUAUGCCUGGAGAAUUCCAUCUUAUCUUCAAGGUGCCCUUCCACUCUUUUUAAUCUGUUGUAUCUGGUGGGUUCCAGAAUCACCACGUUUUCUUAUUUCCAAGGGUAAAGUCGAAGAAGCCCGUAAGAUCCUCAGGGAAUUCCAUACUGGUAAUGACCCCUCCCAUGAAGCUACCCGUUUAGUGGAAUUUGAAGUUCAAGAAAUUAUCGCUGCUUUAGAAAUCCAGAAGGUUUAUGCCCAUGCUAAAUAUUCCGACUUCUUGAAUAUCGCAUCUUAUAGAAAGAGACUCUUUUUGGUUAUUUUCACUGCUGUAAUCACCCAACUUUCCGGUAAUGGUUUGGUUUCAUACUAUCUUAACAAAGUCCUUAAUACUAUUGGUAUCACUGACGAAGACACACAACUUAAAAUCAAUGGAGGUCUUAUGAUCUAUAAUUUAGUCGUUUCCUGGGCUGCCGCAUUCUCCAUACAAUACUUCAAGAGACGUACUAUUUUCUUAGUUUGUACCGGUGGUAUGCUUGCUUCAUUCAUCAUUUGGACAGCUCUUUCCGCUAGAUUUGCUAUUACAGGAUUUGAAAAUAACACUUUAGCUAAUGGUGUUUUGGCAUUCAUCUUCUUGUUUUAUUUAUCUUAUAAUAUUGGUGCUAAUGGUCUUCCAUUCACUUACGUUACGGAAAUUUUACCAUAUUCUCACCGUGCUAAGGGUACAAAUAUCUUCAUGGCUGCUGCUUAUGCUUUCUUAAUCUACAACGGGUUCGUUAACCCUAUUGCCAUGGAUGCUAUCGAAUGGAAGUACUAUAUUGUCUACUGUUGCUUCUUGGCUGUCGAAGUUGUUGUGGUUGCUUUGUUCUAUGUCGAAACAUCAGGAUAUACUUUGGAAGAAGUUAGUAUUGCUUUUGGUGAAGGUAGUGCCAACGCUGAAAGCCUUGUCCCAUUAAAAAACAACCUGAGUGACAAUGACAGUAGUCCAAAUGGCUACCCUUAA